CGCCAAUCUCUCUCUUUUCCUCACAUUCUCUCACACACAGCACCACACCGUUCUCCAAAGAAGCCACAACUUGGCGACCAUUUUUUGAUCUUUCGGCCAAAUAGGUAAUCAAGUCCUACAUACUAUUUAGUUCUUUGACUAAGAGUGUUGGUGACGAAGCCAAGUGUAGAGGGAAAAGCUUCUUCAGCAAUCAACAAUGGCUGAUGAAGAUUACAACGAUUUGGACAUGGGAUAUGAGGAUGAGCCCCCAGAGCCCGAGAUCGAGGAAGGUGCAGAGGAGGAUUUAGAGAACAAUGCCAAUGAAGAUGCUCCGGUAGAGAUUGAAGGUGAGGAGAGAGAAGAGCAGGAACCAGUUGAACGUCCUCGUAAGACCUCAAAGUACAUGACAAAAUAUGAGCGUGCCAGAAUAUUGGGUACCCGUGCUCUGCAGAUCAGUAUGAACGCACCUGUGAUGGUUGAGUUGGAGGGUGAAACUGACCCACUUGAGAUUGCAAUGAAGGAGCUUCGUGAGCGGAAAAUACCUUUCACCAUCCGCCGCUACUUGCCAGAUGGAAGUUAUGAAGACUGGGGAGUUGAUGAACUGAUUGUGGAAGACUCAUGGAAGAGGCAAGUGGGUGGCGAUUGAUCAGUCAUUAAUUGGACUAAGGGAUUUCUGAAUGAUGUGAAUUCAAAGUUUGUAGCUCCCUAUUUUUGGCCCCCCCACCCAAAAAAAAAAAAA